UGGUAACCAACACCGGGUAGCUACAGGAAGAUACAUUUUAGUCUUUUGGAGUUUUACAGCCUUUUAUAUCUACAUUUGAUCCUCACCUUUCACCUGAAGAUGCCUCCUUCAGCGGGUUCCGACGAAGACAGCAAAGCUUUGGUAAGAAAGGCGUUAAGGGAGGUUCUGGUGGGUCGAGAGGAUCCAGAGGGCUUUUUUGCGAUGUGUGUGUCCGCCCUUGGGCACCAGGAGACCCGGUUACAUUUCCUGUCCAUCAUCCAGCCCCUAUCGACGGCCAACAUCUCCCUACACUCCAUCCUCACUUCCAUCUAUAGGGAGUAUUUUUCAAAGACAGAAGAUGAUGAACUGGAAGUGGCAUUGGCUCUCUCUCUACUUGAAAUGAGAGAUCACCAGCUGUCAGCCCCAAGCCAAGAGUCCCAACUCCAACAACAUCUUGAAAGACACAUCCAAAAAAGCUCCUCUCAACAGAUCUCAAGAUCUCAGUCUUGGGGAAACAGUCACACACAGCACACAAAUGUAGCUGAAAGCAGAGAAAAUACCAACUUGCCAAAAACUGGAGACUUGGAGAGGGUGAACCAACCAAAAAUAAACCUAAAAGGUAACCCAGGGAAAAGUCUCACUAUGUGUGCCCCUGUGACUUCUAAUUCAUUGCGUGAGCAUGGCACAGCUGAAGGAGGUGGUGGAAUGAUGCAUGAGGGAGAUUUGGAUCAACCAGAGAAACGGAAACACUCAAAGAACAGGCGACAGCGACGGAAAGGAGCUUGCCAGCGUAUUGUAGGUUUACCCACAUCUCCUUCAGCACGGCCACCAGUACUGCUGUGGUUCAGGAGGGACUUGAGACUUUGUGACAAUCCUGCUCUGAAUGGCUCAUUGGAGGUUGGUGCACCUGUCAUACCUGUCUUUAUCUGGAGCCCUAAAGAGGAGGAGGGACCUGGGAUUACAGUGGCUAUGGGAGGAGCUUGCAAAUACUGGCUUCAUCAAGCUUUGUCUUGUUUCUGCUCGUCUCUGGAGCGCAUUGGCAGCCAUCUUGUCUUCCUCCAAGCAAAAGGAGAGAGUAAAGAGGUUGGAUCAUCUCUGUGCUGCCUUAAGGAGCUACUGAAGGAGACUGGAGCGAGGACAGUCUUGGCUAACGCUCUCUAUGAGCCAUGGCUGAAGGAGAGGGAUGAUGAAGUGGUGUCAGCCCUUCAGAAAGAUGGUGUUGAGUUCAAGAUGUUCCAUUCAUACUGUCUCAGAGACCCUUACUCUGUCAGCACCGAGGGUGUGGGACUCAGAGGCAUAGGCUCAGUGUCCCACUUCAUGAGCUGCUGUAAGCAGAACCCAGGAUCUGCAUUGGGAGUUCCCCUGGAUCCUCCUGUGGCUCUCCCCUCCCCUUCCCAUUGGCCUCAAGGUGUCUCUUUAGACGAGCUAGGCCUAGCAACCAUGCCCCGCAGAAAGGAUGGCACCACGAUUGACUGGGCAGCUAACAUUCGCAAAUCCUGGGAUUUUAGUGAAGAAGGAGCACAUGCACGAUUAGAGGGCUUUCUUCAUGAUGGUGUCUAUAGGUAUGAAAAAGAGUCAGGAAGGGCAGAUGCUCCAAACACCAGCUGUCUGUCUCCAUACAUUCACUUUGGUCAGCUCAGUCCACGCUGGCUAAUGUGGGAUGCCAAAGGUGCGCGUUGUCGACCCCCAAAAUUCCAACGUAAACUGGCAUGGCGAGAUUUGGCUUACUGGCAGCUAACAUUGUUUCCUGACCUCCCCUGGGAAUCCCUCAGGCCGCCAUACAAGGUGUUACGGUGGAGCAAUAAUCACAGCCACUUAAAAGCCUGGCAGCGAGGUCGAACAGGUUAUCCUCUAGUGGACGCAGCCAUGAGGCAGCUGUGGCUGACAGGUUGGAUGAACAACUACAUGAGGCAUGUGGUAGCAUCUUUUCUCAUUGCAUAUCUUUACCUGCCCUGGCAGGAAGGCUAUCGCUGGUUCCAGGACACCCUCGUAGAUGCAGACGUUGCUAUAGAUGCUAUGAUGUGGCAGAAUGGGGGCAUGUGUGGUCUGGACCACUGGAACUUUGUCAUGCACCCUGUUGAUGCUGCAAUGACCUGUGACCCCUGUGGCAGUUAUGUAAGGAAGUGGUGCCCUGAGCUUUCCGAUCUGCCUGACGAGGUCAUUCACAAACCCUGGAAGUGUCCUGUGUCUAUGCUUCGACGUGCUGGUGUGGUGUUUGGCCAGACAUACCCUGAGCGAAUUGUUACAGACCUGGAGGAGCGGAGGAAUCACUCUCUGCAGGAUGUAGCCCUAGUGCGGAGAGAAUUUGGUCAGUAUGUGGACAAGCGCUCAGGCUGUGAUUUGGUCCCCCUGCCUCCACGUCUGGUCUCUGAGGCUCUGGGAUUAUCACACAGAGAUGGGGGUGUGGUGAAGGAAGGAAAGCAGUUUUUGUUGCCAGUUAUCACCCGCAUGGAAUUCAAACACCAGCUGGAAGAUCCUGAUGCAGAUGCUGCCUCAAAUCCCUACAAUGCCGUCUUAAAAGGAUACGUCAGUCGCAAAAGGGACGAGACCAUUGCGUUCCUAAAUGAAAGAGACUUCACUGCCAGUGUGAUGUAUGAAGGAGCCCAGAGAAAGGAGAGGUUGGAGAGUGACUAUCGCAGAAUGGAGGGACUCCCCAGGCUUCCUGCACCUCGGGGCAAGGCAAGGCGAACUACAACUGCUAAAGACAGGUUCUCUACAGUUCCUGGUGGGGCAGUCACCUCACUCAAGUGACAUACAGAUCCAAGAGUAAAUGUUUACAGGUUCUAAGUAACUUUGUAGUUAUAUGCCAAUGACUGCCAAAAUGCAGAACUGCAAUUUGCAACAACUGUUUCAAGAAUGUGGCAUAACAAGUAAAAAAGUCUCUGCUUAGAAUCUACUCUACAGUCAACAUAUUAGGAGGAAAACUGGUUUGAAACUCCAAUGAAAAAGUUUACAAGAGGGUUGGUAGAUGUGCCAUACAUUUUAUGUGGUGGGUAUAAUCUCAGGUAUAGCACUAUUGGACACUUUGUGGUAUUUUACAAUAUUUUAGGUGUAGUUCACAAAUACAAUCAUAAAUAUAUUCAGGGUAAACGUGGGAAGUGAUGGUGUCAGUUUUUUUAAAUUUCAAAACAGGCCUAUGUUUUUUCUUUACAAACUGAUAGAAAUGGUAUCAGAAAAGUGGUAUUUAGUUAUCAGGGUGCAUUUUUAUGAGUUGGAAGUACAACAAGAAUUUUUUAAAUGGUAAAUUUAAGUAAAGCUUUAUAUACAGUUGUUCUAAGGGGUCUAGGUUUAGUCUGCCAAUGUUACAUUUUUUGUAUGUGUGUGAAGUUGCAGGCUAACCAUUUUGUUUAGAAGAUAUACACUUUUUUUCCUUUACAUUAAGCCUUAAAUUAAUUUUAAACUCUGACAAGGUUUCAAGCAUGUGUGCAGUUCAUACCAUACCUGUUUUUAAAUGUUGCCCUUGUUUUCAUAUGAAGUCCUGGAAAAA